AUUCAACUUCAUCAUAGGUUGCACUCCCCUCAGUUAAUUCAGGCUUGUGAAGUCUAUACGGACCAACAUUACUGUUUUGCCGCUCUCUUGCCGAGAGUUAAAUCCGGCAGGCAGCAAGGCAACAACGGAAUCUGGCGAUUCAUGGAAGGAGGGAUAGUUACCGUUAUUUCCAUUGGUUGCCGGAUAUUUCGGUCACAUAUGAUUGACGUGCUCCAGAGCUUCAGGAGAAAUACAACAGUCGUUCACAACCAUCAACAGCCUCGGGCCAGAGAUUCAAAAUGCUUCUGACACAGCUCCCGCCCGAAAUCCUGCACAACAUCCUUAGCUUGGUCGAACUAGACGAUCUGACGGCCAUUCAGCUGACAUGCCGCUUUCUCAACAACUUCAUCCAGGGCAACAACGCCCUCUGCCGCGCCAUCUAUCUCCGACUCUUUGAUGAACCACCAAGAAAGGAUCUUGAUUUCACCCAAGAAAUCCGCGACCUCGUCCGCCUCAAAACCCUCUGCGCACCUACCAAUCAUUUCAUCAGCCUCACCUGCCCCAGACCAUCGAAGGAGGUGGCCUUUGUCCAUAGCACCGUCACCAGGCUACUCCAGAAUGCCGUAACCGUAGUGCCACCACCACCGCCAUCGUUCCCCAUCACACCUAUCGAAGAUGGCUCCAGUAUCGCUGCCACCGGCAGCACCAGCAGCGAAGAGGCCCCUGUUGCACCGCAAAACGCGGAAGGCCACAAAGCUGACCAUCAUCCUGAGCCUGUCCGAGAAACCCGCACCGCCACUACCACCGCCCCCGCCAAACGUGCUUCCCGCUCGCUGACGUAUCCGACCUCCCGCAACGCCGCCUUUCUCGCCGCCCUCUUCGCCGCGUCUGCGCCGGCUGGCCUUGCUUAUCUAACUCGCUCUAGCCUGUUUGAUCGUUAUGAGGAGAUGAAGGCACCGCCGAUGCGACGGCGCAAGCUUGCUGCUGCGGGCGCUGCCAGGGGUCGGCGGGCUGCAUCUGACGCCGACCGCCAGCUCAGCGCCAAACUAAACUGCCUGUACGGUCCCGGCCUUCCUGGCCCCCAGUACGAGCAGUCCAAGUUCAAGACCCCCGCAGACAUGAAGCGCGCCAGCCUGAGGACUUGGGGGUAUCCCUUGGACCAUGGCGACUACGACGAUGCCGACGAUCUGAUUGAUUUUGACGCCGAAGUGGCGGCUGAGAAGGAGCAGGAGGAGGAGAACGAACGGGGGGAGGGGGUAGAAGAGGAUGUACCGCGGUGGCAGGAGAGUGAGUGGUGGAAGGAGUGGCCGUACCGUGGUGGCGUGUACGCACUCGCGUGUUCUAAGGUGUAUGACCUCCGUGAACAUACGACCGGAACGAAGUGGGGCCCGUUCUUGGAUCAGGAUCAGGAAGCGGAUGGUGGUGAUGGUGAUGGUAGACUUUUAGGGGUGAGGGUGGACUGGGAAAAGAUGGAGGCUAUUCUCAUCGUGCUCUGGGCGAACAUUCGGUCAAAGCGCCUCGUGGCGUCACCGAUAUUCGCAAACAUUUGGGCACGCCCGUUUGCCGGGGUUUGGGGAGGGAGCUAUAUCCCAUGGUCGAAGGAGGAAUUCUUCAAGGGGGAGGAGCAAGACGAAACUACAGAGGAUGGGUCGGAAAGGGUUAAGAGAGAGGUGGAAAGGCGCGAUCCCUAUGGGGUGAGCGGCUGCUGGCUGAGGGUGGUCUGUUUCCUGGACUACGCCGACUUUCUUCACUACAACUUCGAAUUGGACGACGAGGACACCCCACCCGGUGUGCCCCGCCCGCCGCUGGAUGUCGGCGAGGCGACGCGGCUGAUUUUGAUGAAAGUCCGGGCGACUAGAAUCGAGCCGCCAGGCGAAGAUGACCAUCCAGGCUACCCUGUCGUGCACUUCGUGGGCGUCUCGCGGGCGCUGGACGGGUCUUGGGAUGAUAAUGCCGACUCAGACCUCCGCGGCACGGUCAGGAUGACGCCUGAGGGCGAAGUGCGAUGGACGUCGUGCUCCAUCUUUCACGGCGAGGAGAGGUGGAAGAGUGAGGGGAUACAGAUCGGCGGUAUCAGGUCGGCGAGGGGUGUUGUAGGCACCUGGUUUGACAAGUAUAUUUCGGCCAUUUCUUUGCUCAUUUCGGCAUUGUAUCAUGGAAAAAGGCUCAUUGGGUUUCUCCUUCUAGGGACUACAGCGAACAAGGACCUUGUGGGCCGACGGCGUUCUGGAAGGUGUCGGACCCCGAGGGGUCGGGAGAUGAGAUGGAAGUGCUGGUCGACGAUGUGCUCCCCAUCAGUAGGUGUCCCUUGGUGUUCUGUAGAUGCGGCAAGGUGGCUGACUCAUGAUGGUGGUGUAGUUGCCGAUGACUUUGACGAGGUGGACUUGGACGGGGAAGAAGAUGACGACACAGAUGACGGUUUCCACCUCGACCGCCUCUUUGAACGCGAGGACGAAGAGGAUGACUAUGAGGAUGACGAGGACGAGGAAGAUGAGAAUGAGGACGAGGACGACCAAGGUGAUGAGUGGGAGGAAGACCUUGAGGACGAGGAGAAUUGGGCCAAUGAUAUCGCCAAUAUCAGUUUCAAUGAUAUGGCCAAUGAUAUCGGUUUCCAAGAGUACGAGGCCGAUUACAUGAAUCGCUUUAACGAGGCCAUGAACCAGUCCGACGAACCGUGGAACUUCAUGCCUGAAUACCAUAACCUGAGCUAGGUAUUAUCUAAUGGGUACAUGGUCCGUUUCUCUUCAAGAUAUGAAGCGGCUAUCUUACUUAUGAUAGCCCUAAGCUAACAAAAAUGUACGAGCUCUCCGUCACAUCGAGGGUGAAGGGUCCGAAUUCACCUUGUUAUGCUCGCACAGCGCUACCACGGCCCCGUCACUGGCCCUCCUCAUGGUGCCCCUGAGGACGGACAAGCGCUUACCGACCUGGACCGCCUCGCACUCGAUGAGCAGCUCGGUGCCUAUGGGCGCCGGGC